ACAUUGCGUGGAUGGUAACAUUAACAUAUGGUUUUUGUUUGUUUACAUUUUAAAGAUGCCCCCGCCAGAAGGACGGAAACAUCGAGCCUCAGGAGUCAUUGCCGGUGGAGAAAGGGAGUUGUUUGUCCCAGUUAUUUGGAGCCGCAGGCUGCGCGCAGAUUUAAAAGGAAAAAGUUGGGCCAGCGUUUCUGGAGGCUGCCAACCCGCCCAUGGGUCUCGUCGCCAGCCGUCAAAUGGUCCAAAACGAAGUGGAUUCCCGCGCCGCCGUCUUAUUCCAAGGUCCAAGGAGUUGCUGCAUUUCAGCUGGAGUUCUUCAGUGCGUAGUGGAUUCCCGCGUCGCCGUCCCAUUCCAGGAUCCAGGGAGUUGCUGCACUUCAGUUGGGGUUCAUCAAUGUGUCGGCGAUAGCGUCGUCAUUGCUUUGGAGUCACCAGGGUCGUCGCUUCUGUGGGUCGUCUCGCCAGGGAAAGGAGGCAUCUUUUGGACGCCGGGCCAAGAUGCUUUGCUUUGGGCCGACGC